UUAGAUAGUUAGCAAUUAAUAUACAGUAUCAUUGCCUGAUUUAUAGAUAUUUCAUCCGUUUCAGGGUGAAUGAAUCCAAUAUUGACACGUAAAUCGUAUUAUAAUGAGUAUUUGACGUUUGUUUCUCCUUGACACCCGUCGUCACAUGACUAGCUGCUUGUGUCUCCUUUACACCAGUAGUCACAUGACCCAGGUUGUUGGUGUCUCCUUGACAGUUCUGAUCGUCAAACGACUUUUGCUGUUGUGUCUCUUGAAACCCAUCGUCGUCACAUGACUCUGGCUCUUGGUAUCCCCUUGACAUCUCCGUCGUCAUAUGAUUCUGGCUCUGGUUGUUGCUGUCGCCUUUACACCAAUAAUAACUUGAAUCUGGCUGUUUGUGUCUUCCUGACUACCCGUCGUCACUUGGGUCUGUCUAAUUUUGUCUGUGUGACAUCCCGUCGUCACAUGACUCUGGCUGUUUGUGUUUCAUUGACACCCUCGCCUUCACAUAAAUAUAGCUGUUGAUGUGUCCUGGACAAACCCAUUUCGUCACAUGGCUAUACCUGUUGAUGAAUCCUAGAAAUUUGUCGUCACAUGACUGUUGAUGUAUCCUUGGCCCUACUCGUCACAUGACUGUUGAUGUAUUCUUGACAUUUGUCGUCACAUGACUGUUGAUGUAUUCUUGACAUUUGUCGUCACAUGACUGUUGAUGUAUCCUUGACACUUAUCGUCACAUGACUGUUGAUGUAUCCUUGGCACUUAUCGUCACAUGACUGUUGAUGUAUCCUUGGCACUUGUCGUCACAUGACUGUUGAUGUAUCCUUGGUACUUGUCGUCACAUGACUGUUGAUGUAUCCUUGGUACUUGUCGUCACAUGACUGUUGAUGUAUCAUUGACACUUGUCGUCACAUGACUGUUGAUGUAUCCUUGGUACUUGUCGUCACAUGACUGUUGAUGUAUCCUUGGUACUUGUCGUCACAUGACUGUUUGUAAGUGUCUCCUUGACACUCUCGUGGUCACAUGACUCUGGCUGUUUAUAUCUCUCUUUCAGAAUGAAGAAAUCAAUCAUAUUCCGUGUAUUGUUGAAGCGUGGUUUCAUUCUUCCACUGACCGCUGUUCUAGCUAUAUGGUAUUUUGGUAUAAAUACCAAAGUCAUGAAUACGCGCAAAUUUUGGGGGAAUCACACCACACUCUCGCAUUUAAGUGAAAAGAAACAGAUACGAUGGGAUAGUUUUGAAGACAGGCGUAACCAUCUCAGGAAAACCUGCGACUCUAUGCCCAAAUUCCGACAAAAUGGAACACUUUUAUCCUUAAAAAGAAAAUAUCUUCUUUACGAUUCUAAACACGACUUUGUCUUCUGCAUGGUGCAGAAGAUAGGUUGCACAUUCUGGCGACGGGUUUUCCAUUUGUUAACGCAAGUUAAUAUUUCGGAUUUGUAUUCUAUAGAUCACUACAAAGUUCAUUUUGAAAAUUUACCAUCACUUGAACGUCUCGACAUCAACAAAAUGAGACGUAUUUUACAUUCAGCAACAACUGCCAUGUUUGUUCGAGAACCUUAUGAGCGUGCUGUGUCUGGCUAUUUAGACAAACUGUUUGCAAUAAAUAGCUAUUACAUGGAAACACUUGGACGACAAAUCGUAAGAAUGACUAGAAAAAAUGCAAGUGUUGAAGCCUUAACUUGUGGCCAUGAUGUGACAUUUACGGAAUUUAUUCAAUACAUUUUGAAAAUGAAACGUCAGAAUAACAUUCAAAACAUUGAUCAUCAUUUUACACCCAUAUACAUACACUGUUCGCCAUGUGCGGUCAAAUACGACUUCAUAGGAAGAAUGGAGACUUUCGAAGAAGAUACCAAAGCGAUUUUUGAAAAAACUGGUAUAUUUCGUAACAGAACAAUCACCAUGGAAAUGAAGGAUUCUAUAGUUGAUGAUAUACGGAAUAAAUUCAAAGAGGUGUUCAUGGCUAGAAAGGCGUUGUCACACUGCAUGACGUUGCCGGAGAUGUAUGGUAGAGUGUGGAAAACUCUCCAACUUAGGGGCAUUAUCAACCCUGAUAUUCCAAUGCCUAGCUCUCGAAAUGUUACCUUGGAGGUGUUGCACCGAGAGGCGGUGGAGGCCAAUGAUCCGUCACGGGUAUCCGAGUAUAAACACAGGGCAUUUGUCAAUCUGUAUAAGACCUUGGACAGAAAGCUACUGAAAGAGUUCCGAGAAUAUGUUUUACCAGACUGCAAGCUGUUUGGGUACAACGAUAGGCCUUCAGAAUUAUUUUCAUGAGAAACGUGACUUUGACUUUACGACUUUGCUCAUGUAUGCCGUCGCAUAUUAUAGUUAACUGCUGAAUGGCCGUUUUCAGCAGCUUCAGCACAAAUACUGUAACCAAAAUUAAUGUCAAGCAAAGUCGAAUAGAAAUGAUCUUAUAUUUGAGGAUUCACACAACUAAAUCAGCUAAUCAGCUGGUGAUUCACAUGAACCACGUCCCUGAGGGGAACCUGUUUCUUAGGUUUGUAGCCGUUUUCCUGAGUAAAAAGUAUAUGAAAUGGAUACUUUCUAUAUUCGAGAUUAAAUAGUAGGGUCUUGAAAUAUGAAAAAAACAAUAAUUAACACUCCUACUGAAAAUAGAAUAAAGUAGGAUUCAAGGUUUUAAAAGACGGGAAUUCCCGAGGUGGGGUUCUCUAGUCCACUGUUUAUGUCAGGUUUACUUCCGAGUAAACGUGUGCUCUUAUAUACCAUUAAAUCUAUACAAUAAGGACAAUUAUCCAAUAGAAAAAAAUCAAACUUUAUUUUGAUAUACAUUUCACAUCAUUUGGAAUUCAAACGAGCGAAUGGAAGGAUGGAUCACUAAUAGCAAUAUAUAGUAAGUCAUUUAGUUGUGUGAGUCUCGUAGCUUGGUAAAUCACAUGAAUGGGAGAAAUGAAAGAUAUCCAGAUUUCUAGCUAAGAUCAUAUCAGCUGUUUAAAAACACACAUUUUUGAAAUGGAAAGCAAUAUUUUCACAAGUUGAUACCGUUAAGUUAAACAAUGUUCUGUCUACAUUGAAGCAUGGUUUAGUCUUACUUCGUCAAGACAUCUGGAAAGAUUGUCAGCUCAAGAAUGAUAUAUGUACACUUCACACUCAUCAUUUUCAUUCCAAGGUUAGAAUCAAUAUCCCCUCCUUAAGGUUUGAAAUCAUAAAUUGACAUGCGGGUCCAAAUAUUAAGAUAAAUAUGAAGGAUAUUCAGAGAUUCUAUACUUGGGUGUCGCGUCGUCUAAUUUCCAAUACAUGAGUAGACCUCAACAGUAGGACCACUUUGUGAAUUGCUACUGACCAAACCUAAUUUUCAAACUCUUACAUUUGGUAUCAUUUUUAUAUUGUUGUUCUUCGUUUGUAAUGUAGUAUAAUAUAAUAUUGACAUUUGGUCGUUGAUGUUAAGUCAUGUUAUGUCUGAACAGGCUGCAAAGAAAUUAGUUUGCUUAUGUUUAUGCUUUUUCAUAAUUUAAAAGGUUGUUCCAUCGAUUUUUCUGCCAUUUUCAUGAGUUGUGUAUUGUUGGCGAACAUGUUUAAUUUAGUGUCUAUAUUACCUGUUCCAUGUAAGUGCAUCCAUUUGAUAUCUGGAUCAGUCCUAAUGUCGCAUGAUAAUGGCUCCAUAUAAAGUAAUUGCGCGAUCGGACAGCCUUGACGGUCUGAUCGUGCCAUUUUGAAUUAUGUGGAGGUAAACCCCAUUAGUCUGUAUACAUGUUUUUUUUCACAUUUUGCAGAAGCAUACUAAUCCAAUUUCAAAAAUACAUUCCCAAAAUUGAGACAAUUGAAGAAUUUUAAUUUAUUCUUUCAAAUUCUUUCUGUUCUUCUAAAAAUAUAUUUGUUUCUUCUUGGUCUAUUAAUUCGCAAUAGUCUACCAUAUGAUAAUUAUUUAUAAACGUUUUACUAUCUACACCAAUAUGUCGGCUAUUUUAGGCAUUUAGUCAUGAUGGUAUAAAUAAUAAAUGUCUGUUUAACUGCAAGUUCUUGUUACCAAAAACUUGGUAUGAUACUAAUUGAGCUAUUCCAUUUGGUAUCAUUUUUUAUGAUGUUGUUCCACUUUUUCAAUGUAGUAAAUAGAUGACUGACAUUUCGUUGUCAAUGUUAAGUCAUGUUUAAUCUGAACAGACUGUUAGAAAUUGGUUUGUAUAUACAUAUGUAUUAACGAUUUUUUUUUUUUUUUUUUUUAUAAGAUUUCCCUUUAGCAUUCCAGCUCUUUGUCGUUGUGUGCAGAAUUUUGUGUAUACUUUUGAAUUUGUUUACUUUCUCCAAAGUCCAUCAAAUUGAUCACUCUCAACCCGUCGUUAUAGUAUUUCCUAUUGAUGAACUUUCACAUCCCAUAUAUCAAUAUAUGUUUCCAUGUAUUUAAGUUUUUUAUUUGCAUUUUUGUAAAUACAGCAUCUUUGAUUUUCCACGGUCUACUUUCUGUUUUGUAUUUUAAUUUUGAUCCAGAUGCUUCUUCAUAGUUUAAAAGGUUAUUCCAUUGAUUUUUCUGUCAUUUUCAUGAGUUGUGUAUUGUUGGCGAACAUGUUAAAUUUAGUGUCUAUAUUACCUGUUCCAUGUAAGUGCAUCCAUUUGAUAUCUGGAUCAGUCCUAAUGUCGCAUGAUAAUGACUCCACUAAUAUAAAGUACUUGCGGGAUCGGACAGCCUUGACGGUCUGAUUUUGCCAUUUUGAAGUAUGUGGAGGAAACCCCAUUGGUCUGUAUACAUGUUUUUGAAUUUUGCAGUUACAUACUAAUUCCAUUUCAAAAAUACAUCCCAAUAUUAAAAUCGCCCCAUCCUUCCUAUAAAUAAAGUAGUUUUGAAAUACAUUUUUGUUGAGGAUUUUGCUUUUGAAAACUUCCAAAAAUAGUUUAGCCUCCAUCAGUAAAACUGCUCUCGUCAUCAUUUUGUUUUAAUCUAAACACCGACUUAACUAAUCUGCUUUCCCGAAAUCCAUCUGUGAGUUAUAAACAAUUUUUCUUAAAAUUUGGUUUUGUUCAAGAAUAUUUUUGACCCAAGUUUUGCAUAUUCCUUCUUUAUUUUUAAUCCUGAAGCAUACUUUAUACUCUGUAUUUGUUUUCUAAAACUAAAAAGAAACAUUUAGAUGAAUUUUCACCUGAAUCUUAUCUGUUAUUGUGGUAUUUUUUUUAGCUUUGUCCUUUAGAGUUUCUGUACUUCGUUAAAAAUAGCAGGAUCAUUAGAUCAUUAUUUUUUCUACAAGUUUAUUAAAUUCUGCAAUCUUUUUCUCCCCUUUGGGUUUUUUGUAAAUGUCACCAAACUUUCAUUGCUAAUUCUUUGAAUAUAAUUUUGAUCCCACCAUUCAAAAAAGAUUUUCAUCUGAUUAUUUUUUUCAAUACUUCAAACAAUGCCUCUAGUCAGUUGUGAAAUUUCAUAUGUCAUUACUUUGUCACUAAACUUCCAUGACUCUGGCCCUUGAUCUGAAACAAGUUUUUUAAUUCCAUAUUCCUAAUGUCUUCAUUGUAUUGAUUUAAAUUUUUAUUUUAUAUUUGUCUAUAACACACUUAAAAUGGCAAAAUUUGUAUUUCCAGUAUGCAUUUUAAUCAUGAUAAAGGCUGUGUUUUCUUGAAUAAAAAAACUUUUGAUUUGACUAUUUCUACAAAA